AUGAAUUUCAUUAGUCUGGAUCACUAAAUACAUUCAAUCGAAGAUUACGAUAUUCUUUGCGCCCUCGACCGUACAGACUACUCCACCGUUUACAAGGCGUAAUCUCACAAUCCUAUCAUUAAAGACUGGACAAGAAGACAGGACUCAUCGUAGCCAUCAAAGUCAUCAAUUUGGUCAAUCAGGCAGAAUUGGCUCAAGCAGUAUAGACCUACCGCACUAAGCCCUUCAGAAACAUAUGCUUGGUCGAUAAGUGUUUUGGACAAGAUGGCAAACUCUUUAUAGUGAUGGAAUACUUUGCUGGAGGAUCAUUGAAGGAUUUGAUUCAUUUAUUCAAGAUCAACAAGCAGACUUUGGAGACUCAAUAUGUGCAAGUGAUCAUCCGAGAACUUUUGCUUGGUGUAUAGGAGAUCCAUUAGGAGGGUCUGGUGCAUCGACAUAUUAAAUGUGAGUUUUAUUAUUUUUACCCUAAAUCUCUUUUUAGCUGCUAAUCUCUUCCUUUCCCAAGAAGCCAAGGUCAAAUUAUCCUACUUUUCCACCAACAAGGAAUUUGCAGAUACCAUCAACAAAUCACAAUCCCAUAUCCUCAGUCUCCCCUAUUGGAUGGCUCCAGAAGUAAAAGAACUCUACAUUAUAUAUAUAUAGACCAUCUAAUCUUCUUUGACUGAUUAGAAAACAGACAUUUGGGCCAUUGGUAUCACUGCAUUUGAAUUGAUCACUUCCAAGAUCCCCUAUGAGGAUGUGCCUCCAUAGAAGGUGAUCUUUAAAAUUGUGCAACAACCUCCAAGAUUGAGUGGAGAUUAUCCAAAUGAGAUGAUCGAUUUUGUGCAUUAAUGUUUGCAACGAGAUCCAAGACUGAGACCAACUGCUGCUUAAUUGCUUACUCACCCCUUCAUUAGGAAUGCCAAAAAAACUCAAUUGCUGUUUGAAUUGCUUGAGAGAGCUGGAAUGUUGAGUGGAGAACAACAAUAGGCCAGUUGUGAAACUCUUAAUUACACGCACAAUCGAGUUGUCACUUCCCUCAAGUUAGAUGCCAGUGGGACACCCAUACGAGAGGAUGACGAAUUGCUCAAGGAAGAAACUCUGAAGAUCAAGCGGACUUUCAGGAAGAUAGAAAAAUAUAAGCCUGGAUUGGGCAAAAUCGUAUUGACAUUAUACCUUUGCAGAUAUACCAUGAAAUCAUCCAGGUCCUUAAAGCCAAGACCCCCUGAUGAAUACAGCAAUCUAAUUACGCAUUCUCAUUAAUUAUAAUAAUAAAUGAAAACCAAUAAUGAGCCUUCUCUCUUCAAAUAUCGAGUACUUUAUCUAACACUUAUCUCUAUCUCUCUAGGUCCUUGAACAAAAAAACAAAAAAAUCAUCCUGGAAGCUGAUGAAGAUCAAUUCAAUUCCUUCGCCAAUGCUCUUUCCGUCGUUUAAAGGUUUCAUGACGAAAUCAAACAGUAACUCAACCCUCAACCAUCCUCGAGGAAAAUACGCGGUACUCCCAUCCCCAUCUAAUUAUUUCCCUAGUGAACUCCGACUCAGAGAAAUCCAACAAUGUGUCUCAUCCCUAUCCCAAUCCGGACAUCAAGGAAGAUCAGGACUUCAGAAGGUAUACAAACACCCUCUACCUAGACGCAUUCCUCAUUUCUUCCUCUCUCGUUUCAAGAAGUGGGCCAAAAUGAUGGAACAAGAUGCUGCCUACAAAUAUCUUCAGAAUGUGUAAGAAUCCAAGGUAAUUUCAAAUCUACCAUCACUUAGACCUCCAAACAGCAACGAUUUGAAUUAGGCGACUUGCAAAGGUGCUUUCAAGUUUAGGUUAACGAACCCAAGGAGUCCAAGCUUUGCAAGAAUUUACUCAAAGACCUUUUCAUCUCCUUCCUCUAAAAUGAAGCCACACUCCAAAUCAUUCAUUACAACAAAAUAAGUUCAAUCGAAUAAAAAGUACAAUGUGGAAUUUUAAAAUUAGCAUAAAUACAUUGCAGAAAUUAAAAAUAUGAUUUAAGAAAUGUACGAACUCAAACCUUUUGAUUCUUAUCUCUCUUCUGAGAAAAUUAAAGGCAAGAAAACAAUCGCCAACAACAUAUGCCAGUCACCAAUCCAAGAAAAACAGGAGGAACAAAGAGAUGAUUUCCAGAUCCCCCAAAUCCAAGAGAAAUAUUCCAAUGAAAGCUUUAAAAAAUACAACUAAACUCCCUCCCUUGUAAAAAUGAAUAGUUUCUAAUGA